GUUAGAUAAGUGGUUGGAGCCCGAAGGCCGAGUUUAAAAGUGCCUUUAAUAUCAAUGUAAACCUAAGUUUUUUUUUAUAUAACUGUAGUUUUAAGUUGUUAUAGAAAUCUCAAAUUAAGCCAGCUGUAUCUGUUUGAUAUGGAAUAUCAGCGGAAUUCCCCAUCUGGGAGGAAGUUUGAAGCUUCAAGGACAUAAUUUCCCUUAAAUUCUAAGUAGCAGCUUUGGUACAAAUUACUGAGCAAAGAUGAAGAUGUUUUACUGUGUCUACAGCUUGUCUCUCCUCCUUGGUCUAAUAUGUGUAAUCAUUGUGAUUACCUGGAGUGCUUGCUAUCGAGGAGGCUUUGCCUGGGAUGGAACAGCAAAGAUGUUUAACUGGCAUCCUGUAUGCAUGGUGUCUUGGUUUGUGCUCUAUGGGAAUGCCAUUCUUGUGUACAGGUUUCCCUUUACAUGGUCCAGCAGCAAGAUGCUGCUAAAGUUGGUUCAUGCCAUGCUGAAUCUUGGUGCAUUGACUUUGGCUAUCAUCGGGUUGUUAGCAGCAUUUGGAUUCCACAAUAAGAUGCAUAUUCCCAAUUUGUAUUCCAUACACAGCUGGGUGGGAUUUACAGUAGUCAUCCUCUUUAGCUUGCAGUGGCUCCUUGGGUUUCUGUCCUUUUUGUUGCCCUGUGCUCCACUCUGGCUUCGAGUUGCUUACAAAGAUGUGCAUGUUUUCUUUGGGAUUUGUUUCUUAACAAUGACUAUUGCUGCUUGUCUGUCAGGAAUUAAUGAAAAAUUAAUCUUUGUGCUUAAUGCUGCCAACUCGUCUGCUCCCUAUAAGGAUCUUCCACCUGAAGCGUAUUUGGCUAAUAUUUUGGGGAUUUUACUGGUUUGUUUCUUCCUUUCUGUUGCCUGGAUGCUCUACCAGCGUGAAUGGAAACGACCAGACCCCCACACAUUGGUACUCAGUGAAGCCACAGAGCCUCUUCUGGGUGAACAUUAAAUGAGGAAAAUAUUAAUGAAUUGAUGGAUACAGUAGAAAGAACCUAUCUUGGGAAGAGUACUUACAUUAUGCCAUUCUAUUGAACCAAGUUUACCAAAAAUUAAUCAUCUUUAGCAUGAUUAAUGAUUGAGCACUUUAGCAUUAACACAUUUUCUUAUGGUGGAAUCAUUAGGACAAGGUUGUUGUAUCAUCAAGUUAAUAAUUCCUUUGAAGUGGAAUUUUGAUUUAUAACUCCAUUAAUAUUCAAGGGAGAGAGAAGACUGGCCAUUGUUGCCAUACUGUGGAUCUCCAGAAACAGUCAGAAAAGACUGAAGAUGUCAAGUAACAAAAUGAAUAAAAUGCACUCUAGAUCAACCAUCCACAUUUGAGAUCACCAACUUUUUAAUCGAGAUGAAUUGAGUCAUUACUGCAAGCAAGAAGCUUUCUACUUUUCUCCUUAAGUAGUCAAUUUCAUUAACUGACGUGUGCUAUUUACUACUGAAUCAAAUUGCUAUUGCUGAUGGGGAAAGAACAUUUCCCAAAAAAUUAUUUCAUCACUUAAGAAUCAAUUACUUAAACUGGUUUAUAAUUUCUAAAAGAUUUUUGCUUGAAGCAACAUAUUGAUUUUUGCCUUAAGAAUUUAAUUUGAUUCCAGACCAGGGUCCUAGGGUGAAAGAAAGGUUCAAGAGACUGUAGAUGCUGGAAUUUGGAGCAACACACAAAAUGCCAGAGGAACUCAGAUGGUCUGACAUCAUCCAUGGAGGGAAAUGUAUAGUUUGUUUCAUGUUGAGACCUUUCAAUUGGUCUGGAAGUUGGAGGUGAGAUGGCCUGCGUUGAAUUCUUCACCUUGUGGUAAUCCACUUCCCCUCUGUCCCUUUUCUCUCUCCUAAUCUACCCAACCCUCAUUAACCUUUCUCCAUUCUCUCUGCGUCACCCUUACUCUCCUUUCACUGGUUCCUCUGCUCUCCCCACCUUCGCUCUAUUCCAAAUUUCACAUUCUUCUCCUAUCAGAUUCUAUCAUCUUCAAUCCUUUGUCACCUCCAUUUUAUCACGUCCUAGCUACUGACACUAUUCCCAUUCUCCCCUCCCCCAUCUGCCUAUCAAGCCUUCUCACCUGGAUUUAUCUAUUACCUGCCAGCACUUGCUCGACCCCUUCCCUCCACCUUUUCAUACUGGCUGUCUCUCCAGAUUUCAGUCCAGAUGAAGGGAAUAAACCUGGAACAUUUCCCUCCGUAGAUGUUGCCUAAUGCAUUGAGUUCUUCCGGCAUUUUGUGUUUUUCUAGGUUGAAAGUCUCCUUAAUGUUUAAAAUUAAUGAUAAAACUAAUCUGGCGGACUCACCUCUACUUUGCUAGGGCCAGACUGCAACUCUCAGGCACCUCCUCUUUCUUACCCCUUGAACAGAACCCCACUAAGGAGCAUCAGGCCAUUGUCUCUCGCACCAUCACUGACCUCAUUGACUCUGGGGAUCUUCCAUUCACUGCCACCAGCCUCAUAGUUCCCUUACCCGACACGUCCCCUUUCUACCUCCUACCCAAGAUCCAAAACCUGACUGUCCAGGUAGACCCAUUGCUUCUGCCUUCUCCUGCCCCAUUGAACUCAAGACUGCAUAUCUCAACUGUUUUAUCUCCCUUGGUUCAGUCCCUUCCUACCUACAUCCAUGAUACUUCAGACGCUCUUGAUCUUUUCAAUGACUAAGUUCCCUGGCCCCAGUCAUCUCAUUUUCACUAUGGAUGUCCAGUCCCUAAACACUUCUAUCCCUCAUCAGGAGGGCCUUAAAGUUCUCUGCUUCUUUCGGGAUAACAGACCCAACCAGUCCACCACCACUCUCAUCUGUCUGGCGAAAUUGGUCCUCAUGCUCAAGAAUUUCUUCUUUGGAUCCUCCCACUUCUUUCAAACCCAAGGUGUAGCCAUGGGCACUCACAUGGGUCCCUGCCAUGCCUGCCUUUUCAUUGGCUAAAUGAACAGUCCAUGUUCCAAGCCUACACCAGCAUCGCUCCCCAAAUCUUCUUACACUACGACUGCAAUUUCGUCAACUUCGCCUCCAACUUCCACCAUGCUCUCAGAUUUACUUGGUCCAUUUCUGACACUUCUCUCCCCUUUCUCGAUCUCUCUGUCUCCAUCUCUGAGGACAGAUAUCUUUUAUAAACCUACUGACUCUCACAGCUAUGUGGACUAUAUCUCUUUCCUCCCUGUCACUUGUUUUAAAAAAAAUGCCAUUCCAUUUUCUCAGUUCCUCCAUCUCCAAAGCAUCUGCUCGCAGGAUGAGGCUUUUCAUUCCAGGGUAACUAAGAUGUCCUCCUCCUUAAAAGGAGCUCCCCUUUCUCCACCAUCAACAUUGAUCUUAUCCACAACUCUUCCAUUUCAUGCACAUCUGUCCUCACCCCAUCCUCCUGCUGCCAUACCAGGAAAAGGGUUCUUCUUAUCCUCAUCUAUGACCCUACGAGCCUCCGUACCCAGCACAUAAUUCUCUGUAACUUCUGCCAUCUCCAACAGGAUCCCACCAGCAAGCACAUUUUCCGCAGGGAUCGCUCCUGACCCGACUCCCUUGCCCACUCCUCUCAACCCGCUGAUCUCUCUCCUGGCACUUACCCUUGCAAGCAGAACAAGUGCCACCCUUGUCCCUACGCCUCCUCCCUCACUACUAUUCAGGGCCCCAAACAGUGCUUCCAGGUGAGGUGAGUCUGUUGGAGUCACCUACUGUAUUCGGUGCCCCCAGCGUGGCCUCCUGUUUAUCGGUGAGACCCGAUGUAGGUUGGGAGAUCACUUUAUCAAGCACCUUCGUUCCGUUCGCCAGAAAAAGCAAAAUAUUCUGGUGGCCACCCAUUUCAAUUCUACUUCCCAUUCCCAUAAUAUCAGUCCAUGGCCUCCUUUACUGCUGUGAUGAGGUCACACUCAGAAUGGAGGAGCAACACCUUGUAUUCCGUCUGGAUAGCCUCCAAUCUGAUGGCAUGAACAUCAGUUUCUCAAAUUUCCAGUAAUUGCCCACCCCCCCCCUCACAAUACCUCAUUCUUGUUUUCUUCUCACACCUUCUCUUCUUUCCUGCCCAUCACCCCCUCUGGUGCUUCUCCCUCUUCCCUUUCUUCUGUCCUCUCCUAUCAGCUUCCCCUUCUCCAGCCUUUUAUCUCUUUUCACCAAAUUCCCAGUUCUUGAAUUCACCCCUCCCCCCCAGAGUUUCAUCUGUCACCAGUCACCUUGUAGUUCUUCCUCAGCCCCUUUCCCCCCACCUUCUUAUUCUGACUCCUUCUCCCUUCCCUUCCACGCCUGAUGAAGGGGCUCACCCAAAACAUGGACUUUUUACUCUUUUUCAUAGAUCCUCAUGGCCUUCUGGUCUUCCAGCAUUUUAUGUGUGUUGCUUUGGAUUUCUAGCAUCUGCAGAUUUUCUCAAUUGUGAAUAAAAUUAAUGUAGGCAUCCAGUAGAAGACCAUUAAGCUGUGGUGUUAUUAAAUAUUCAGUGGAUAUUGUGUUAAACUACAGCACUACAGGUGUUCAAUAAAUGUUCUUAACUGAGAUACAUGAGUAAUCUGUCUAGUUAAUUACUUGAUUUUUUUUAAAUAUAAAGUUUGAUGUUAUAAUUAUGGACACAUUUUUGUGUGAGUUACACGGUAGAUGUUGGCCAAGACCUCAGUAAACUUAUCAGUUCUUUCAAAUAGUUCCAAAGGAUCUUUUCAAGCACUGCUAAGAAGGCAGACAGGCUGUACCUGUGAUUAGUACUACAUUUCCAUGCCUUUACUGAACAUAGUUCUUUUCUUCUUUUGUCUGCCUCAGAAGCAGAAAUUAUUGUAUGCGCUCAGAAACAGAAAUCCUGGCUGACCCUUUUUCCCUCUAUUAUUUGAGGGAGAAAAUAAUAGUAAUUUUUGUGAGAUUGCAUACAUCUGAAAAUAGUGUAUGAGAUGGAAUGUGAAUUUAAUGUGAUGAGAACUUCAUUAUUUGAAUGAAAUACUCUGGAGGAGUUGUACAGCAGCUAGAAAGACCAAAGUUUAGUCAUGAUGAAUAUAUGAACUCGCAUUUCAGUGGCACAAUCAGAAUCGGGUUUUAUAUCA